AUGGCAUCAAACAACAUCAUCACCACUGUGACAGAAAUUUUCCUGUUGUCCCUGACCCAGAGUCGCAAGCUGCAGUAUUGUCUCUCUGUUACCUUCUUUCUCAUCUAUGUGACAACCUGGCUGGUGAACAUCAUUGCAACUGUAGCUGCUGAUCACCAGCUCUGCACACCCAUGUACUUCAUCCUGGCCAGCCUGGCUUUCCUUGAUGUCGGUGAUUCAUCAGUCAAUACCCCCAAACUGCUGUCAAGCCUCCUCACCCAGCGCACGAUGAUCUCAUUUAACGAGCGUUUCCUCCAGAUGUUCUCACAUUUCAUUGCUUGUGCGAUGGCUUUUUUCCUUGUAGGGAUGACGAUUGAUCUGUAUGUGGCCAUCUAUGAGCCACUGCGUUACUUGUCUAUCAUGAACUGGAUCAUGAGCAUGGGAUUCGUGGUAAUUAAAUGCUUCAGUGCAUAUGUUCACUCUACUAUACAACUGGUUUUUCUUCUCCAGCUGCCUUUCUGUGAUCCCAAUGUACUGGACAAUUGCUACUGUGAUGUCCCUCAAGUCAUCAAACUGGCCUGCACUGACACCUCCAUGGCUGAACUACAGACGGUGUUUAAUAGUGGAGUGAUUCUCAUUAUUCUUUUUGUAAUCUUGAUUAUUUCUUACACUAUCAUCUUGCUGAAGAUAAGACAUGUCACAGAAGGGAAGCAGAAAGCCCUAUCUACCUAUGGAACCCAGAUAACCUUUGUGAUCUUAAUAUUCAUCCCCUGCAUCUUCAUCUAUGCUCAGCCUUAAGAAAUCCGUAUGGACAAGGUGGCCACCAUUGUUUAUACUGUGGUCACUCCAACGCUGAACUCGAUGAGCUGCAUGCUGAGAAACACUGAGAUGAAAAAGGCCAUCUGA